ACAGAAAUCUAAGGUAUGGAGGUCCAGCUCAGAGUAAAGGAAGUUCUCAGGAGCUUGGUGCCUUCAACCCCACCCUGGAGGCGGAUACACCGCCCGAUAAAGACUUUCCAAGUUACAGCUAGUAACGUCCCAGUUCCUGGUUGCCCUUAGCCGCACAAUCAACGUUUUUGGAUUCUCUACGGAGAGCAGGAAAGGGGGCGAGGGAGCCACCUCCGCGCCACACUCGGAGAGCCGUCUCGCCAGCAACUCUGUCUCCACCCUCCUCAACCACACGGGGCCGCAGGAGCCCGCGCGAGGACCAGAACUCUAAGUCAUGGACAAACAAAAUGCGCAAAUGAAUGCUUCUCACCCAGGAACAAAUUCACCAGCUGAGUAUCCUCCUCAAAAUCCUCCAGCAGCAUUCCAAGGACCUCCAGGACAUACUGGCUACCCAGGCCCCCAAGCUGCCUUUUCUGGGACACAGACUGGCUACCCUGGCCACCUGGGUGCCUAUCCUGGAACCCAGGUGGGCUAUCUUGGCACCCAGACUGGCUAUUCAGUCCCACCACCUAGCUAUGCCGGUGCUGGCCCAGUGGGCUUUCUUGUUCAACACCAACCCAUGUACCAUCACCCAGGUGGACCUGCAGGAGUACCAUGGAUGCCAGCACCACCACCUCCAUCAGACUGUCCACCAGGGUUGGAAUAUUUAAGUCAGAUAGAUCAGAUACUGAUUCAUCAGCAAGUUGAGCUUCUGGAAGUCUUAAUAGGCUUUGAAACAAAUAACAGAUAUGAAAUUAAGAACAGCCUUGGACAGAGGAUUUACUUUGCAGCAGAGGAUACUGAUUGUUGUACCCGAAAUUGCUGUGGAGCUUCCAGACCUUUUACCAUGAGGAUUCUUGAUAAUAUGGGCCGAGAAGUCAUGACUCUGGAGAGACCUCUAAGGUGUACCAGCUGUUGUUGCCCCUGCUGCCUUCAGGAGAUAGAAAUCCACGCUCCUCCUGGAGUACCUAUAGGGUAUGUUACUCAGAAUUGGCACCCAUGCCUGCCAAAGUUUACUGUUCAAAAUGAGAGGAGAGAGGAUGUACUUAAAAUUGUUGGUCCAUGUCUUGUAUGCAGUUGUUGUGCAGAUAUUGAUUUUGAGAUUAAAUCUAUUGAUGAAGAAAAUGUAGUUGGCAAGAUUUCGAAGCAGUGGACUGGUUUUGUGAGAGAGGCAUUUACAGAUGCCGAUAACUUUGGGAUACAGUUCCCUAUAGACCUUGAUGUGAAAAUGAAAGCUGUGAUGCUUGGUGCAUGUUUCCUCAUUGACUUCAUGUUUUUUGAAACGAGUGGAGGCAAAGAACAGAGAACAGGAGUGUGGCAGUAAAUUAAUAAAAGUCUCCUCAGAGAAUGCGAAGUUUGUAUAUUGAUCAUUAUUAUGUAAAAGUAAAACUCAGUGGGUUUUUUUUUCUUUAUCAAAAUGAAUUAUAGCAUGAGUGAAUUACACUGUCAUGCCUGAAGGUCCAAGUAUAUGAUUUCACUUUUAAAAUUAUAGUUUCUUUUCUAUAUCACUGACUUAUAAAUGUUUUUGUACAUUUUCUUUCAUUUUAUACAUUUCAUUUUUCAUUUUGUAUUACAGAGGCAGGACAUAGGAAUUUUUACAUUUAAGCGUGAAACUUUUUUGAUAAAUUGCUUUGAACUGUCAUCUUGUAUUUUCAACUUUUAUAGCAAAAUUGAUUAAAAUGAUUUUAAUAUGAAAUUAUACAUUAUUUUAAUAAAUCUAUUUUCAGUUUAUUUCAUAGGUAACAACUAAUGUUUUUUGCAAAGUGUGUAUUCAAAAAAGUUAAAAAAUCAAUAUAAUAUUCAUAUUAUCAAGAAAAGUAAAAUGUUUUUUAUUCAGAAAAUUAACUAUAUUUAACUUCUUCUAUAAGCUAUUCUGCUAUUAUAAAUAAGAUUUUCAUAAUGGCAAGAUCAAUUUUUGAUAGAUUUCAGUGGAAAAAGACAUGAUUCUGUCCCAAAGAAGGACACAUUUAAAGGCUCUCUCUAAAACUAGAGUAUUGUUAUAAUUUUUCAAGUAAUUAUGCACACAUCUUAUGCUUAGUGUCUGUAUUAUGUUAUUCACAGAACAUGGUGGUUAUGAGAUAAUUCAGGUGUUAAUUAAAUAGAAUAUAUAUUCUAUCAGAGUAUAAACUUCAGUAAUGGGCUAGUAGAUUGUUUAUACCAACAAUCAAAUAACUGAAAUAAAAAAAAAUUAAUGUA